AUGAUUAAGUAUCAGCGACUUCGUCAAUAUAUUCUGGACCAGAAUGUUUACAGCACAGAAACCGAUGAUCAACAUACUGUAAAAACGGAAAUUCUGGCAACUAGGCUCUAUUUAAUACUGCUCAUUCUUAUUUUAUAUGCAUAUGCGUUUUACGAAGCAUCAGUUACUCAUUUGAUAACCGUUAUUAUCUCCAAACCAACCAUAGAGCAAUACGAGGAAUUGAUUAGACAAUAUCCUGAUACGUUACAAUGUCCAUGUGAACAAAUUUCUAUUUCCUAUAAAGAAUUUCUUCACAUUUCAUCAGUCUAUCAUCAAAUUUGCUCGUCGGAUUUUGUUAGUCAACGUUGGAUGGAUUAUUUGUUAUAUGAGAAUAUUUCGUACUAUUAUCAACGUGAUUUUCGUCGAAGUGCUUCGGGUCAAUUUCAGCUUCUUCGUACAUUCUGUGAACAGGCACAAGACACGAUCGAUUAUAGUCUAAUUCAAUUUUAUUCGAAUCAGUUCCUUACAAAAGAGUUGAUUACGAUGGAAACAUUCGACAUUCAAGUGAAUUCAUUGGUUAACUUAUUUCGGAGAACUACGUCAACGUCAUUUCUGGAUGUAUUGAACACGAUUAGGUCAAUAUUUCUGCGACAACUUUUUCUGUCAGGAAUGGGAGCAUCACUUGAACUUACCUGCUAUGUCCAAAAUUCCAUUUGCUUUCCAGCUAUAAGCGUAGUAACAUAUAAAUCAGAUAUAAGCACCACAGAACUCAGUUGCAGUUGUACAGAAUCAUCGAUCUGUAAAUUAUCAGAAGGUUUCUAUAUUACUAGUGAAACUUACAUUUUUACUUCAAAUUGGUUUAAUCCCACAGUGGGAGGUGAAACUAUUCGGACUUUUAACAGAACAUUUGCCUUGCCUGGAAUGCUUAUCGGUUGCGUUCCUAGCGAAUCAUUACUUUAUUCAACGGGUGAAUGCUUAUUCGAUGACUCAUGUUUGAAUCUCAUAGGUAAUCAUAUCGAUUAUACACCAACAAAUAUUAGUUCGUUUUCGAAAUUAAAUCAAUCAGUAUCGACACCAAAUACAACAUAUGAAACAUUAAUAAAUAACUUAUUUGUUGAACAAUGGAUCACUAAUCAAUCGUUUGAUGCCUAUUUUAGUCAAUGUCAACCAGUACAUUGUCAAUAUACGAAUGAAGUAGGACAGAGUUUGGGCGUGACUUUGACUUCAAUUAUUAGUUUAUAUGGUGGAUUGAGAGUCAUUUUGUCGUCUGUGAUCCUAUUUAUUGCUAAUUUCGCUUUGAAGAAAUGUCAACAUCGCCGAACAAACAAUGAGAAAACGUCAACGAACGGUUCUGCGAAGACAAGUUGUAGUCAAUUAAUACGAAAAGGUUGGGAUUUGAUCAAAAAAGUAAAUUUAUUCGAUAGUGCAACAAACGAUGAACAUUUGAAACGAAAUGAAAUCUUAUCAUCACAAGUUUAUUGCAUGGUACUGCCAAUCGUAUUGUUGACUUUUGGUAUUUAUUUAUCAUUGGAAAAGCAAACAAGACUUAUCACUAUUGACAAUCCAACACAAACUCAAUAUGAACAACUUCAAAAUAGUUCAGUUAAUGAUCUCCAUUGUCCAUGUAAUGAUAUUUCCAUUAAAUAUGUUAAUUUUCUUAGUUUUCAGCCGAGAUAUCAUCAGAUCUGUUCAAGUGUAUUUACUUCUCAGUUAUGGAGUGGCAGUACGUACUGGAAGGAUACGUCAAAUUAUCGUGUGGAUGAUUUUCGACAAAUGUCAAGUAUUUUUUUCGAAUAUAUAUCAAUCGUAUGUGACGUAGCAAAUGAAUUAGUAACUCACAGUUUAACUGUCUUUGAGCAAAAUGAAUAUUUGACAUCCGAAGUCGUCUCACCUGACAUCUUUAAAAGUGAUAUCAUGUCGCUUGCUGAACUAUUUGCAACCACAACACAACAGUCAUUUUUACUUCGUAUCAAUUUGAUUCGACGAAUUACGUCUGCAAAUCAAUUCAUCAAUCAACUAAGAACGAAUACAAUUUUUACACUUGCUACAGUCGACAGAAAUCAUAAUAGUGCAGGGUGCCAUUCUAUGAUACGUUCAUUCCAGGGAUGUUCUUGUGCCACAAAUCCAUUAUGUAAACACCAAUUGCCUUUAUAUGGCAACAGUAAAGUAUAUAAUAUACCGGGAAUAUAUCAAGCUUGUCUUUUUCUUGACACAGUUUUAUUAUCGACAUCUGAGUGUUUUUUUAGUCAAGAUUGUAUCAAUAUGUUAAAAUCUUUUAUGAAACCAGAAUCUGAAAUAUACAAAAAGUUGAAAUCAUUGAAUUCAUCGAUCUCGAGUCAGUAUCAAUCCAAUACUACAAUGGAAGACAUCGUUAAUAAUUUAUUUAUCGAAGAAUGGAAUCCAUUGUAUUUUUACAAUCAAUAUUAUGCUCAAUGUCAACCCUCCUUUUGUUCAUAUACAAGAGAAGAAAAAUUGAGCUUUAUUGACAUAAUAACAAAGUUAAUUAGUAUAUAUGGAGGAUUAUCAUUGAUACUCAAAAUUUUCCUACCAUUGCUCAUAAAUACGAUCAGACGAAAAUCACAAGAAACAAAAAAAGUACCAUUUUCCAUUCGAAUUCAACAAGCUCUUUCGACAAUCAAAACAAAACUAAUCAAUUUGAAUUUAUUUCGAACUAAAACGACAAAUACUUCGACGAUCAAGAAACAACUGUACACAACAAGAUUUUAUCUGGCUAUCUCAAUGAUUACAUUUGCAAUUCUUCUAUCAUAUGUAUUGACCAAUGAAAAAUCGAUCAAUGUCAAAGUGGAAUUGAACAAUUUAAAUGAAUAUAAUGUUUUGUUAAGCAAAUAUUCGACAACACUUAACUGUCCGUGUUCUGAUAUAUCCAUCACUUACGAUCAGUUUAUUAAGAUGAGUCCAUCUUAUCAUCAAAUCUGUUCGUCUGAUUUUGUUACUCAACAAUGGAUCGAAUUUUUGUAUACUGAGAAUAGAACUUAUGAAAAGAGUUUCUAUGCGGUAGCUUCAGCUCAAUUUCAAAUUCUUUCAUCGUUAUGUAAGCAAGUACAAGAAACGGUGAAUAAUAGUCUUGUUCUAUUUUAUGCCACAAAACUUACAAGUGAUCAAUUGAUAUCUUCCAAUCUUUUUCAAAUUCAAGUUGAAACAAUCGUGAACACAUUCCGAACAUCGGCCCCUCAAACAUUCAAACGAACUUUAGUGAUGCUCAGUAGUUUCAUUCAUGGUAAUGCAUUCAUAACACCGUAUGAAACAAACUGGAAAUAUCUUAUAUUAAAUACAUAUGAUAAAGCACCUAUUUAUGCAAACCCUCAGCGGUAUGGCGGAUCAUGUAGUUGUGGAACGUCGUCAAAAUGUACAGAAAAAGUUCAACUUAAUACGAAUUCCAACUCGACGUUAAAUGGAAUGUUGAUUGGUUGUUAUAUACACGAAACAUUAUUACAAUCGACAUUGGAAUGUUUAUAUGAUCAAGAGUGUUUGGAUUUAAUUCGAAAUUCUUUUCGAAAACAAACAUCUUCUGACGAUGAUUUUCGAAUACUCAAUUCAACUUUAUUAACAAAUCAUUCUUUUGGAAUAAGUGAAACUGUACAAGAAAUGGUUGAUCGAUUAUUUGUCAAUGAAUGGACUCUGAAUUAUUCGUAUGAAAGUUAUUAUGAGAAAUGUCAUUCAACUUAUUGCACUUAUUCGUAUAUACAAAAUUCUGAUAUGCUUUAUAUCAUAACAACAAUUCUUGGUUUAUUUGGCAGUUUAACCAUACUUUUGAGGAUGUUCUCAAAAUUUAUUACUGUAAUUAUACUUUCAAUCAUCAAAUGCGACAAAAAUAAGGUUGUCCCAGUAUCAUCAUUAACGGAUUAA